GGGGGGAGAAGGGGAGAAAAAAAUAGUAGCCAUUUUUACAUUGUUUUGUAUAGUAUUUAUUGAUUCAGGAAACACACAAAAUUCUGAAUAAAAUUACUUGGAAACUGCCUGUUCGGGCUUCUCAUUUCUUCCCCGUCCCACCUGCUAUGGGGUAUAUAUUCUCCCCCUACCAGUUAACAUUUACCCUUUUGUUGCUUGGCUACAAUGGUUGUACUGAAUAGUGUGACCUUUCUGUAAGGAGGUGGGCCAUCAUCAUCACAAGUGCCUCACAUGUCUCAAGAGGAAGUGAUGGAGGGAGAAAUGGGACUGGCAACUUGAUUUUUACAUUGAACGUUUUCUGGGUUUCUCUGGAAACGAGGUUGCUUCUCAACUGGUUCUGUAAUCACUUGCACAACUGUUGGGUUUUGCUAAGGUAGACAAAUGGGUCCCCAAGGGUCAACUGCUUCAAACUCCUCCCAACUCAUUCUCCCUACAUUAAUCUGGUAACUCCCUUCAGUGAAGCCAGGGCCAAUCAUCUAAUGACAAAAAGUGACUAAGAGAUUGGUGGCUGGGGCUGAGGUGCCUGAGUCAGGUUGGGGGGUAGGAUUAUUUUAAAUUAUAGGAAGUUAAAGACUUUCAUUUCCUCCUUUUCUAAAAGAAAGCAGGGAAUAGGGUAGACUGGGUGAGCAGCCAGUACUGACAACCUAGAAAGAACUCUGGGUGAGGCUGUUCCGCCAUGAGGCUUGCUGUGCUUUUCUUGGAGGCCUUGCUGGGGCUACUAGCAGCCCAGGGGACGGGGAAUGACUGUCCUCAUAAAAAAUCUGCCACUCUGCUGCCAUCCUUCACGGUGACACCUACAGCCACAGAAGGCACAAGUAGCCCCGGAACAACCAGCCACAGAACUACCAAGAGCUACAGAACCACCACCACAGGCACCAGCUACAGAACCACCACCACAGGCACCAGCCAUAGAACUACCACCACAGGCACCAGCCAUGGACCCACAACAGCCACUCACAAUCCUGUCAGCACAACAAGUCAUGGAAAUGCUACAGUUCAUCCAAGCAACAGCACUACCACCAGUCCAGGAUCUUUUACAAGUUCCCCCCAUCCAGGACCACCUCCACCCUCUCCAAGUCCUAGCCCAGGCUCCAAGGCGGCUAUAGGAGACUACACUUGGACUAAUGGUUCCCUGCCCUGCGUCCAUCUACAAGCCCAGAUUCAGAUUCGAGUUCUGUACCCAAUCCAAGGUGGAGGAGAGGCCUGGGGCAUCUCUGUACUGAACCCCAACAAAACCAAGGCCCAGGGAGGCUGUGAGGGUGCCCAUCCCCACUUGCUUCUCUCAUUCCCCUAUGGACAGCUCAGCUUUGGAUUCAAGCAGGAACCACUGCAGAGCAUUGUUUACCUGAACUAUAUGGCUUUGGAGUACAAUGUGUCUUUCCCACAAGCAAUACAGCGGACAUUCUCAGUUCAGAAUUCAUCUCUUCAAGAACUCCAAGCCCCUUUGGGCCAGAGCUUCAACUGCAGAAAUGCAAGCAUCAUUCUUUCACCAGCUUUCCACCUCGACCUGCUCUUCCUGAAACUACAAGCUGCUCGCCUACCCCCUACAGGAGCCUUUGGGCCAAGUUUCUCUUGUCCCAGUGACCAAUCCAUAUGGCUGCCUCUUAUCAUCGGCCUGAUCAUCCUCGGCCUCCUCAUGCUGGUGCUUGUUAUCUUUUGCAUCUUACGGAGACGUCAACCCGCCUACCAGCCUCUCUGAGCAUUUGUCCCAACACCCAGGGCACCACUCAACUGACCCAAAGUUUUCUCCCUUCCCUUUGUCUUGAAGAACAAAAGCAAAGAUAAUGCAAUUGGGAGAACUGAGGGGAGAUGUUCAUUAAACUCGACAUUCCCCCUCCCCCAUUCCCAGUGGGAGAAUAGUAAAACCUACUCAAGUCUUCAUUUUUGGUUUUCCUUGUCCUUCCUGCCAAGAUUAAAAGCCCUGAGUUUGUCAAAAUCCUUUCUGUGCCUUACGUGGUUGAGUCUUCGGGAGCUGGUGAGGAGGGAUGAGAAUGACAGUGUGUGACCAAAUACACUCAUAGGGUCAUCCCCCAAAGACUGGUGCGGCUGGUGUUGGUUGAAUCUUCCUUGCCUCCUCCCUUCCUUGUUCUGGGGGCCCCUGGCUGCUCCAACGCCUCCUUCCCUCCAAUCCAG